AGAAGACUAGUCUGUACCCGAAUGUAAUUAUGAGAGGAACAAAAUUAAUAUUGAUGGAGGUAGGAAAUGUAAAAUUUCUGGAUUCUCUCAAUUAUUUUCCUAUGCCUCUAACUGCUCUACCCAAGGCGUUUGAUUUGAAAGAGCUAAAGAAAGGAUACUUUCCACAUUUAUUCAACACUUUGGCUCAUCAGAAUUAUGUAGGGCCAAUUCCAGCGCUCGACUUCUACGAUCCCGACCAUUUAAAGGAAGACGCUCGGGAAAAAUUAUUAAAAUGGCAUGGCGAAAGACAAGCGGAGGGAUACGUUUUUGAUUUUCAGAAAGAAAUCGUUGAAUACUGUAUCUCCGAUGUGGAAAUAUUGACACAGGCGUGUCUCAAAUUUCGAGACCUGAUGAAAACCGAAACCACAGUCGAUCCCUUCCAGGAAAGCACCACUAUUGCAUCAUGCUGUAACAAAGUCUUUAGACGCAAUUUUUUAAAACCUGAGACGAUCGGAAGAGGUCAGCAUUCUAUUCAAGAAAGAAGCCUAAAAGGAACUUGGGUGAUAGAAGAGGUGCUCAAAGCUAUUGAAAAAGGUUACCAGAUUAUAGAGACUUACGAAAUAUGGGAAUACGAUACAAUUCAGCUCAGUAAAGACCAAGAGGGGAUGCCCAAACAUUGCUUAACGGAUGAAGAAAAAAACCGUUAUAUUGAUGCAUUUUUGGAUAGAGAAGACAUAAAGCUGGAAUUUUCAAAAAUUAUAGAGAACCCCUGUUUGAGAUCGUUAGCUAAACUUAUGCUGAAUUCCUUUUGGGGUAAAUUUGCUCAAAAAGAAAACCAAAACAAAACCUCAAUAGUCAGAGACUGUGGUGAAUUCUUUGAUAUGCUGACUAAUCCUUCUAUUCAUGGGUUAGACGACAUAUCUACAGGCGACUUCAUAGGUGAUAUGACCGAUGAGCUCAAUGGGGGUUUCAUAUCAGAGUUUGUUUCUGGAGGACCUAAGAACUACGCCUACAAAUAUACUACUUUGUCUGGAGAGGAACAGAUCGUAUGUAAAGUAAAAGGCAUAUCACUCAAACUACAAGGCAUCCCAAGUAGUCAAUUUUGA